UCCUUUGGCGCGCGCGCCUGAAGUGGCGGCUGUCCGCUAGCUUCUCGGCGUUGAUCUCGUUUCUUCCUCCGGGGUUUCUGAUUUGGGGGCCGGAGGCGGGUGAAUCCAGUUUUACAGAUGCCGUCCGCUUUAUCGAGCUUGGCGAUGCCGGCCUCCACGGCGGCCGCGGCUUUGCAGGAAGCGCUGGAAAAUGCCGGGCGGCUCAUCGACCGACUGUUGCAGGAAGACCGCAUGUACCCGGACCUUUCCGACCUGCUCAUGGUGUCGGCCCCAAGUAAUCCCACUGUAUCUGGCAUGUCAGAUAUGGAUUAUCCUCUCCAAGGACCUGGUUUGCUUUCUGUGCCGAAUCUUCCAGAGAUCAGUUCCAUUCGAAGAGUUCCUCUCCCACCUGAGCUUGUGGAACAAUUUGGACAUAUGCAGUGUAAUUGCAUGAUGGGUGUGUUCCCUCCCAUCAGCAGAGCGUGGCUCACCAUCGACAGCGACAUAUUCAUGUGGAACUAUGAAGAUGGAGGAGACCUUGCCUACUUUGAUGGACUUAGUGAGACUAUCCUUGCUGUGGGACUUGUGAAACCAAAAGCUGGCAUCUUUCAGCCACAUGUCCGACACCUUCUGGUUUUGGCAACUCCAGUGGACAUAGUGAUUCUUGGACUCAGCUAUGCUAAUUUGCAAACAGGUUCUGGAGUUCUCAAUGACAGUAUGUGUGGUGGAAUGCAAUUGCUUCCAGAUCCUUUAUAUUCUCUUCCCACUGACAAUACUUAUCUUUUAACAAUAACAUCCACUGAUAAUGGCAGAAUUUUCUUGGCUGGAAAGGAUGGAUGUUUGUAUGAAGUAGCAUACCAGGCAGAAGCAGGUUGGUUUAGCCAAAGGUGCAGGAAAAUAAACCAUUCAAAGAGCUCCCUUUCUUUCCUUGUUCCUUCAUUGCUGCAGUUCACAUUCUCCGAAGAUGAUCCUAUUGUUCAAAUUGCAGUUGAUAAUUCUAGGAAUAUUUUAUAUACACGGUCUGAGAGAGGAGUAAUACAAGUUUAUGAUUUGGGUCAAGAUGGACAAGGAAUGAGCAGAGUUGCCUCAGUGUCACAGAAUUCUAUUGUCUCUGCUGCUGGGAACAUUGCUAGAACCAUAGAUCGUUCUGUUUUUAAACCAAUUGUCCAGAUAGCAGUGAUUGAAAACUCUGAAUCAUUGGACUGUCAGUUACUGGCCGUAACACAUGCGGGUGUAAGAUUGUAUUUCAGCACUUGCCCGUUCAGACAGCCAUUAGCACGACCUAACACAUUGACUCUGGUUCAUGUCCGCCUACCUCCUGGAUUCUCAGCAUCGUCAACAGUGGAAAAACCUUCAAAAGUGCACAAAGCUCUUUAUAGUAAAGGUAUCCUACUGAUGGCAGCUUCAGAAAAUGAAGAUAAUGACAUUUUGUGGUGUGUCAAUCAUGAUACAUUUCCUUUCCAAAAACCUAUGAUGGAAACCCAAAUGACUACCAGAGUUGAUGGUCAUUCUUGGGCUCUUUCUGCAAUAGAUGACUUAAAAGUUGAUAAGAUAAUCACACCCUUAAAUAAGGAUCAUAUUCCAAUAACUGACUCACCAGUGGUUGUACAACAGCACAUGCUGCCUCCAAAGAAAUUUGUUCUCCUCUCAGCACAGGGGAGUCUUAUGUUUCAUAAACUUAGACCUGUAGAUCAACUGAGACAUCUACUUGUGAGUAAUGUAGGUGGAGAUGGAGAAGAGAUCGAGAGAUUCUUUAAAUUACAUCAGGAAGACCAGGCUUGUGCGACUUGCCUUAUCCUAGCUUGCUCCACUGCUGCCUGUGACAGAGAAGUAUCUGCUUGGGCUGCUCGGGCUUUCUUCAGGUAUGGUGGUGAAGCACAGAUGAAGUUUCCACCCACUCUUCCUGCUCCAAGUAAUGUUGGUCCCAUUCUGGGGUCACCUGUGUACUCUAGUUCUCCUCUUUCUAGUGGUAGUCCAUAUCCAAAUCCAUCGUUUUUGGGGACACCAGCUCAAGGUAUGCAUCCUCAUGCCCUGUCCACCCCAGUUGGUAUUUCUGGAAACCCAGCAGCUCAGGCCUCAAGUAUGAGUUGUAUGGGCGGAGCAGAGAUGGUGUACUCUGGAAAACACAAUGGUAUUUGCAUUUACUUUUCUCGAAUCAUGGGAAAUAUCUGGGAUGCUAGUUUAGUUGUGGAGAGAAUAUUCAGGAGUGGCAACAGAGAGAUCACUGCAAUUGAAAGUAGUGUUUCUUCCCAACUGCUGGAGUCAGUGUUACAAGAACUAAAAGGCUUGCAAGAAUUUCUAGAUAAAAACUCCCACUUUGCUGGAGGACCAUUAGGAAAUCCAAAUACUACUGCCAAAGUGCCACAGAGGCUCAUAGGAUUCAUGCGUCCUGAAAAUGGAAACACGCAGCAAAUGCAGCAGGAGCUUCAGAGGAAGUUGCACGAGGCUCAAGUGAAUGAAAAAAUUUCACUUCAGGCAAUCCAGCAGUUAGUUCGGAAAUCCUACCAGGCUCUGGCUCUGUGGAAGCUUCUUUGUGAACAUCAAGUCGCUGUCAUUGUUGGAGAGCUUCAGAAGGAAUUUCAAGAACAGCUGAAAAUUACCACUUUUAAAGAUCUGGUAAUCCGGGACAAAGAACUGACUGGGGCCUUGAUUGCUUCUCUCAUCAACUGCUAUAUCCGAGAUAAUGCUGCUGUUGAUGGCAUUAGUUCACACUUACAAGAUAUCUGCCCACUUCUGUAUAGCACUGAUGAUGCCAUUUGUUCUAAGGCAAAUGAGCUUCUGCAACGUUCCCGACAAAUUCAAAAUAAAAUUGAAAAGGAGAGAAUGUUAAGGGAAUCAUUAAAGGAGUAUCAAAAAAUUAGCAAUCAAGUGGACCUUUCCAAUGUUUGUGUCCAGUAUAGACAAGUGCGUUUCUAUGAGGGUGUGGUGGAACUGUCUCUAACUGCUGCAGAGAAGAAAGACCCUCAGGGUCUUGGACUUCAUUUCUAUAAACAUGGAGAACCAGAAGAAGACGUCGUGGGCCUUCAGGCUUUCCAAGAAAGAUUGAACAGUUACAAGUGUAUUACUGAUACACUUCAAGAACUGGUGAAUCAAAGUAAGGCUGCUCCUCAGUCUCCCAGUGUACCCAAAAAACCUGGGCCUCCUGUGUUGUCCUCUGAUCCCAAUAUGCUGAGUAAUGAAGAAGCUGGACAUCACUUUGAGCAAAUGCUUAAAUUGUCUCAACGAUCGAAAGAUGAGCUCUUCAGUAUUGCCCUUUAUAACUGGCUUAUACAAGCUGAUCUUGCAGAUAAACUGCUACAGAUUGCUUCUCCAUUUCUGGAACCAUAUCUAGUCCGAAUGGCUAAAGUUGAUCAAAACAAAGUCCGUUAUAUGGAUUUACUCUGGAGGUACUAUGAGAAGAACAGAAGUUUCAGUAAUGCUGCUCGUGUCCUAUCCAAACUGGCCGACAUGCAUAGCACAGAAAUUUCACUUCAGCAGCGACUAGAGUACAUUGCUCGAGCCAUUCUUAGUGCCAAAAGCUCCACUGCCAUUUCAUCAAUAGCUGCAGAUGGUGAAUUCCUUCAUGAAUUAGAAGAAAAAAUGGAGGUUGCAAGGAUCCAACUUCAAAUCCAAGAGACGCUGCAAAGGCAAUAUUCCCAUCAUUCUUCUGUGCAGGAUGCAAUUUCUCAGCUGGAUUCUGAGCUAAUGGACAUAACUAAGCUUUAUGGGGAAUUUGCUGACCCCUUUAAACUUGCGGAGUGUAAACUUGCGAUAAUUCAUUGUGCUGGUUAUUCAGAUCCUAUUUUGGUACAGACACUUUGGCAAGAUAUCAUAGAAAAAGAAUUGAAUGAAAGUGUGGCAUUGAGCUCUCCAGAUCGAAUGCAUGCUCUUAGUCUCAAGAUUGUGCUCCUUGGGAAAAUUUAUGCUGGCACUCCUCGCUUCUUUCCUUUAGAUUUUAUUGUGCAGUUUUUAGAACAGCAAGUCUGUACUUUGAAUUGGGAUGUGGGUUUUGUAAUACAGACAAUGACUGAAAUUGGAGUGCCAUUGCCUAGACUACUGGAAGUGUAUGACCACUUGUUCAAGUCACGGGAUCCGUUCUGGAGCAGGAAAAAGAAGCCACUGCACCUUUUGGAUUGUAUACAUUUUCUGUUGGCACGAUAUGUUGAAAAUCCUAGUCAAGUUUUAAGUUGUGAGAGGAGAAGAUUUACAAAUCUCUGCCUGGAUGCUGUUUGUGGUUAUCUGGUUGAGCUUCAGUCAAUGUGCUCUACAGUAGUAGUACAAGCCAUCACUGGCAAUUUUAAAUCUCUUCAGGCUAAAUUAGAACAUAUUCAUUAAUUAUUGUAAUGUAUUUUCAUCCGUACACUUUGAUCUGUAAAAUAAAUGCUCAGCUAAGUCCAAAUAUCAAAUGGUCUAAAUCUAACAAGCUAAGAACAAUUUUCAUACAGGUGUGUUUUUAAUGUGACUAGUUACAAACAGUACUUUUGCUAAAUGAAUUAUUUUUUACUACUGUUUUGUUUUUCUUAAUUAUCAGGGUAUAAAACAAUUGAAAUAAGAUUACAUUAUCUAACCCACAUAAAAAUACUAGAAACUUACCUGAAAAAUUUUACUACAGCAGAAGUUUUUUUUUUUUUUUUUUUUGCUUUUUUUUUGCUUUUUUUUGGGGGGGGGUGGUCACACCCAGCAAUGCACAGGGGUUACUCCUGGCUCUGCACUCAGGAAUCACCCCUGGCAGUGCUCAGGGGACCAUAUGGGAUGCUGGGAAUCAAACCCGGGUCGGCCGCGUGCAAGGCAGACGCCCUACCCGCUGUGCUAUUGCUCCAGCCCCUACAGCAGAAGUUUUGAAUUUUUAUUUAUUUUUAAGUUAGUCCAAGGAUACAAGGAUACUGAUAGCAAACCUUAAACAGGCUAGGUAAACAUGUGCAGUCAUAUAAUAUUGAAUCCUAGAAUCUUUAAACAGGCAAAUAAAUACUCUGAAACAUUUAGGUUUUUUUUUUUUUUUUUUAGGUCACACCCAGCGAUGCUCAGGUGUUAACUCCUGGCUGUGUACUCAGGAAUCACCCCUGGCGGUGCUCAGGGGACCAUAUAGGAUGCUGGGAUUUGAACCCGAGUUGGCCGAGUGCAAGGCAAACGCCCUACCGUAUGCUGUGCUAUCACUCCAGCCCCAGGGUUCAUUUUUUAAAGGAAACUUCCUCUACCUGCUUUUUGUUCAGUGACACUACUUGAAGAUUAAAGCAUACCCUGUUCAUCUUGUAUUGUUAUUUUAAGCAGGUAACAUACCUUGGAACUAAUUUUCUUUUUCUUUUUUUUUUUUUUUUUUUUUUUUUUUUUUGCUUUUUGGGUCACACCCGGCGAUGCACAGGGGUUACUCCUGGCUCAUGCACUCAGGAAUUACUCCUGGCGGUGCUCAGGGGACCAUAUGGGAUGCUGGGAAUCGAACCCAGGUCGGCCGCAUGCAAGCCAAAUGCCCUACCCGAUGUGCUAUUGCUCCAGCCCCGGAACUAAUUUUCUUUUUGAAAGAACUAUAAUAGAUAACAUAUCCCCAUAUUUCUGCUAGGGUUUUUGGUCUUGUGAACUGGUUGACAGAGAAAUCAUUCUGUUUGUGCACCAAACUAGUAUAUUGCCAUCAUCUCGGUAUAUGUUAGAAAUUCAGAUUUUCACAGAGUGGGAGUAAUAGUACAGUGAGUAGGGUGCUUGCCUUACAUACAGCUGACUCAAGUUUCAUCCCUGUUCCCCUGAGCACUGCCAGGCAUGACUCCUGAAUGCAAAACCAGGGAUAAACCCUGAGAACCACAUGCCACCCUUUCACUCCCAAAUAUAUAGAUAUGAAUAUUCAUUAUAUUCAACUCACAGUAUUGAAGCUAUAGCCUUUAAAAGUGCUGUAGGUGGGGCCGGAGUGAUAGUAUAGUGGGUAGGGCAUUUUCCUUGCAUAUGGCGCACCCGGGUUCUAUCCUUGGCAUCUCAGAUGGUCUGCCAAGCACCACCAGGAGUAAUUCCUGAGAGCAGAGCCAGGAGUAACUCCUGAGCAUUGCUGGGUUGUGACCAAAAAAACAAAAUAAAUAAGUAAAUUUUUUAAAAGUGCUGUAGGUUACUGAGCUGAAUGGUCUGGCCGUUUUGUUACAAAGCACUUUUUAAGAGGAUUUCAAGAUUGCAGCCCACACACAUGUAUGUGAGCUUCCAAGUUGCUGAGAGUCUGGCGGGGGGGAAAUAAAGGCACUAAAACAUUUGAGUGAUAGCACAGUGGGGAGGGCGUUUGCUUGCACGGAGCCUACGUGGGUUUAAUCCCUGGCGUCCCAUAUGGUCCCAUGAGUACUGCCAGGAGUAAUUCCAUAGUGCAGAGCCAAGAGUAACCCUAAGCAUCACUGGGUGUGACCCAAAAAGCCAAAAUAUGAAUAAAGUGCUCCCACCAGUGGGAGAGAGAAAGCAAGGGAGAAAAAAAAAGAAACUAAGACAUCGAAGCAGCAGUGAAAAACAAGUACUUCCUUCACUUCCAGACCAGGUUGGAGUUGAAAGUGGAAGGAAAAAAUCCACUGCUUGAUAGCAGACUGCUGGACCAUUAAGGAGAGCCUGAAGAUUUCUCCUAGGGAGGAAGGCAAAGUCUGAAACUCUGUGUAGGGGAUAUUCAGAGCAAGAGUCAGUUCAGUGACAGGAGCCACUGCUUUGCAUAUGGGAGCCUGUAGUUUGAUUCUCCACAUCACAUUGUCCCCUGCCCCUGAGCAAGCACUCGUGGGUGUGUCCCCAAAACCUGUAUAGGAAUUUCACCUGUACCAUUGAACUUUCAGAGAGGAUAUAAAAGAAACAAUCUAAAGGUGUUAACCCAGUGUGAAUUAAAAUUAAAUCCCUACUUGGGCUGAAGUGGGUAGGGCUCUUGCCUUGCCUCGCCCUGCAUGUUGCUGACCCAGGUUUCAUCCCGCCCCGAGAUGAUGUUUCAGACCUGCCAGGAGUGGACCCUGACCACCACUGGGUGUAGUCUCAAAACACAGUAUAUUAAAUUUCUUGUGACUGGGAUUGAAGGAAGAAGAAAGGAAUCCCAGAUUCACAGGACAAGUUCAAAUACCCUUUGAAGGAUAAGUUUCCUAAGAAAGAGGAAAUUAGGACCACCUCAUUUUAAUUCCUCUAGAACAUAGAUGCUAACCUUUUGUCUAGUCAUUGGAAACAUUAAAUUCCACCUUCAUUGUGAUGCUGAUGCAUUUAUAGUGACUACUAAACAGAUGUAGUCAAUGAAUGAGUAAAGUAUAUGUAAAUCAUUUUAAUGUUUCUGUAAAAGCGUGUACUUUGUAGGCAGUAAAAAAAGACAUUAAGAGUUCUACACAGAUCAUUUUAGAAUGAUUAAAGAAAAAUAAGCACUGACUAACUGCAAGGUAUGAGAUAAUAACACUAGGAUGCAUGUAGCUGAUGGAUGUUCGUUUCUUUGCUUAGAAAAUACCCUGCUGAGUAGAAUGUUGGUCCUUGAUCAUCUUUCUCCUAACCACAUUAACACCUACUACAGUUUAGUUUGACCUUUAGUUUUUAUGUCCUACCUCAUAAGCCCUGGAGUACUUCAUACCUCCAUCUUUUCCCACUUAUUUGUGAGUGGGAAUAUGGUAAUAACACUUGUGUCGAGAAAGUUAGGGUCUAGAAUACUGAAUCAAGAUCUUGGCAUGGCACAUAAUAUCUUUUUAUUCUCUCAUCUUCAAUUUUCUUUAAAAAUUUUUCAGAAUAUUGAUUUCUCUAAUAAGGCAUUUAAGCUCUUCUAAGUUUUAUUUUCAUCAAAAUGAUGUUGAACUAAAUGUUCUUUUUAAGUCAAAAUUUUGUAGAAGAUAAUGCAAUCUAUUUUUAUUCAAUUUUAUUCUGCUUCCAGUAUUAGUCAUAUACUGUUAUUUUUAUUCUCAUUUCAAGUAAACCAUUUACAGCAUUGUGACAGGUUUGAAAUAAAUAUUUGUUGUAAGA